AUGAGACGACAGCAGGGUAUGCGCCUGAAUGAGAGGAUCGUUCUGUACUUGCAGAUGGCUGGUUUAUACCAUCUUGCGAGACUGAACGAGACUUGGUUUAGGUUGGAUGAGCUAUUGAUGAGUGCAUUCGUGGAGAGAUGGCGUCCGGAAGCACACAUUCUAUAUGCCAUUCGGGGAGUGCACAAUUACAUUGUAGGACGUAGCGUACUAGUUAGGGCUGCCAAUCGAUGGACAGUACGUCAGCAGAUGCUUGACACAGUUAAAGCGAUACAUCGAGGGCGGUCGUCCAGCUUGGGUGUGAUUCCAGGAGUUGUUGGGUGUAUUGCCUCUAACAACACCGCUAUUAGGAGGUAUGCCCGGGCCUAUAUCAUGAUGCUUUUGGAGACUCAGCUAUUUGGCAACAAGUCCGGCACUCGCCUGCGCAUUCGAUGGCUGCCAUACGUGGCCAGGCUUGAGGACAUGGGUGGGUACAGUUGGGGAUCAGCUGCUCUGUCAUGGUUAUACCGGUGCAUGUACCGUGUGGCGAAUAGGAACGUUGUCUAG